AUGUCCUGCCCAGAGAGAAAUGAGGAAUCUGACUACGGAUCAGACUUCACUCCAGAUGAAGAGGAUCUACUAAACGAUUUGUUGAACAAAGCCGUCGCGGAACACGCGACCGACCCCGACGCCACUUUCAUCUCGACACCAAUUUGGAUCUCGACCCCAACGCCCAUCGAACACAUCACGUCGCCAAAAUCCCCAGACCUCGUUGAUCUCGAGACCUUGCAGCCUGAAGCUCUAGCAGCACUCGUUGCAGAUAUCGAGGAUGGCAUUGAGCCAGCUCGCGUUCGGUCGCCUAAGGUGCUGGGUCGGGAAGGGCCUCGCUCGCCAUGGCGGCAGUCGCAGCCUCGACCAGGCCAGGCCGUUAGAUGGGGUGCGGGUGCGAGUUCAGCGGGGAAGUCAAGUCCGCGCGCUGGCAACAGCAACAGUGGGUUGGUCCUAUUACAUCCAACCCGAAUUAAGCUGACGACAUCUUCUCCCAAGCGUUUAGUCGAGAACUCUAAUUCAACCGAGGGCCGAGUAAAAGAACGCGAGCGCAAUGCAGCGCGCGCUCUCGAAUGGACACAACAGGAUCCCGAAGCCGCAGCGCUCGAUACUCGAUCCCCCGUCGAACGGUUCCGGCAAGCACCCAACAAAGCAUUCUCAGUGACGGAUCUCGUUUCGCCAGCUUGGUGCGAGCUGCAGUACUGGUUCACGUUGACAAAACAUGGGGGGCAGAAGAAGAGGACUGCUGCGAUGAAGAAGGGAAGUUCCAUGCACAAGAGUCUCGAGGAUGAGAUCUACACUACCGUCCCUGUGGAAAUCACGACUAAAGAGGAUGCGUGGGGUCUCAGGAUAUGGAAUGUCAUUCAGGGCCUGCGUAUGCUGCGCGAUUAUGGCGUUACGCGUGAGAUGGAGGUUUGGGGCGUUAUCGAUGGGGAAUUUGUCAAUGGCAUCAUUGAUCAGUUGUCCUAUGAGUGUCCCGACCCGGAGCUUGAGGCUACUGCUGCUGGGUACUAUGCGGAUAUUGUAGCGUCGCGCGCUGCGCUUCCGGAGUAUCAGAUGUCCUUGUCAGACUUUUUGCUUUCUUCUUCGCAAGGCGGGAUGAAGCUUUCGGACUUUGGUCAAACUGAGGCUGAGCAAACGGGGCACGUUGAGCAGGAACUGCCUGCGGCGGUCUAUGACCUACGCCGGAUAUAUUUAACAGACGUGAAGACUAAGGGUAACCGAUCACUACCGAACGUCAAAAGCACGGGGUUCCGGCCUACUCUUCUCCAGCUGCAACUCUACUACCAUAUGCUCAACCGGAUGAUCACGAGCGACGAUGUCACUAUUGACCUCCUUGCCGCUCGGUAUGACUUUGACGCAGAGAAGCCGUUCACGAACGCCUUCGUCUCGGAGGUUGGCGGCCUGAACGACCAGUACUUCGACGCUCUCUCUUCACAAGAAUCUGAACAUAAUGAGGGCCCUUCUAUUGAUAGCCAGGACUCAACCAGAAUCCUACUGACACACAACAACCUCUCCCGUCUUUGGGGUCUUAUGAUACAACAACUCCGCCUCACAUUCCUCCCUGAAAACUCUCCUGACACACCAUCCGUCGCACCAUCUAUCCCAUCAGUUUCCCAGCCAGAGCUCUUGGAACCUUACUCAACCCUCCUUUCGCCGGUUCUCACAGCUCGGUACCUUUCAUCUGCCGCCAACGAAGACAUAAAAAGACAGCUCAUCGGAACUCGAUCUUUCCUCUUCGAUCCGACAUCCCUCACCUCCCACCUCAACGACCAGAUGACCUGGUGGCGCGGCGAGCGAGAUCCCCGCGGCGUGGAGAUCAUGGACGCGUGGAAAUGCCGGAUCUGCGAGUUCCGCGACGAAUGCUCUUGGCGGGAGGAGCGUGAGAUGGCUUAUGCGAGACGAGGUGGAGGUCGGAGAGCUGGGCCCAUUGCGGAUAUAUGA